AUGCCAAUUCCUCCAACGGGAUUCCACACACGUUUCGCUUCUCCAUUGUCGUUCGGGGACCUCUUCACUUCUCCGGAGCCUGGCUUCGAUAUCCUCCUCAGUACCCGAUGGAACGGCCAGUUCUCGGCUCUGGUGCAAGCAGAGCUCGUGGGGUUCAAGUACGGCCUUACGGCUCCGCGCCCGUUACGCAAUUCUAGGGCGAUGUUUGCAGGCAUUGUCGUCGAACGGUUUCCCAAGCAGGCUUGUCAAACCCUGGUAGAGGACCUGGCAGAAGCCUCAAUGCUGCAACGUCCAGCUACGGAGUCCUUUGGCGCAAUUCGAGGAACAAAAACCGUCAUGGCGUUGCGGCGACUUUUUGAGAAGGUUGUCCACACUCGUAAAGCGGUGCCGCUUUUAGAGCAACCCCGCAUCAAUGAUCUUCGCGUACUGCUGGCGAAAGAGUUGAGAUAUCUGGUGAAACAUGGCAACCUGGCGUGGUCAGACAGACUGACAAGCUAUUAUAAAGCGGAGGAGCUGGCCCGAAGGAAGCUGGCCGGGAAAUUCAUGGAGAAUAUGCAGACUGUGAAGGAAGAUUACGAACUUCGAGUCCUUGUGAGGGCUGCGGAAACGUCGGACGUGGGCAUCCAGAAGAUAUUUCUAGUCGAUGUGCUAAGCGAGUUUCCUACUGUUCUUCUCGAGGAAGAUUUUUUCUCUUCGAAGCUCCAGGAUUUCUUUUCCAGCAUCCUGCAGUAUCCACGUUCUCGGGUUACGAUGGACAGGGAGGCUAUGGACGCCCUAUUUCAGACUCACAUGCAAACGAAGUCGGCGAGCAGCGAGUCGCUAACGAACGACCUCUUCAAGCACGUCAAUGACCCAGACCAGUACUUUCACUCCUGGGCAAAAUCAUUGUUUGUCGAUGUUCUUGCGCUGGUGUGGAACUACUAUUACGAACAUAGCCAGGGGAUGCUUCAAAUUCUUUAUGACAAGAAAGAGGCAUUCGAUUUCCUACUCGAAGAGAUCACACGCCUGCCCGAGAUGACUGCGGCGACAGAAGUAGGCCCUGAGGGCAAUCGCCAAAGUCGCGUCGAACUGGCCGGGGGUCUACUCGCCCGGAAAGCUUUUUCACUGGAUGCUUUUGGUUUCGGCACCAUUCUUCAUCUGGCAAGUUGGCAGGCGACAAACAACUACGGCCACUUGGCCGUCGUUCAAGGGACCUGCCGCUUCGCCUACAUCGCAGUAGCGCGGUCUGAGGUGAAGAAGGCGGCAUCCGUGGACAAUUCGGCGGUCAUCAGUACCCGAUUUGACGCCACAUUUCAGCCACCGCCUUCAGGUAUUUUCACUGGAACCUUCUAUCGUACCAAGAAACCGUUCUCCUCAGCUCUCUACCGCCGCCUGAAAACAUGGAAUAAGCUCGGACGGCCGCGUGAAGACAUACGCAUCCGCCAUCUAACUACGGCUAUGGCGACAAAACUCCGUCAGAACGUGUUGGAGGCGCCUGAACAAAACUUGCAGGCUACUUGGGAUUUUGCAUCUCUGUUUGGGCCAAGUCAGGCAAAUUUCAUUGACUCCUUCAGGGCUGCGGCAGAGGCAUGCUUUGACAGCAUGUUUGUUAACGCGACGUCGUCGCUGAGGCCGUUGUUCAACAUCGAGUUGGCGCACCUGGUUGCGCGGCGGAGUACUCGCGCCGAUGAAACUCCUCUUCACCCAAAGAAACAAGCCCUGAGAGAAGUCCUGCGGGCGAGGCUGGUAGUAGAGCGUUUUGAGGCCACGAAACAGUUUUCUGAGAGACUGCGAACCACUGCGGAGGAUCCGAACGAAAACGUGGUCUCUUUCCGGAUACAGCCGAAGUUGAUCGAGACGAUUCUCGAACGCCCCUUCUUCUACGAUUACGAUGUGCUGAACUCUAUCGAACUGAUUAGCAGUAUCCCCGAGCUCAGCGACGUGCGCCUUGCUUUGCAGAUCAGCAUUCGUGGGCUCCUCGCACUGCAUCGCCUUCUGAACCGCUCGCCGCUGACUCUCCUGAACUACAAGGUCGCAAAGUGGCUGCAUCUGUACACGCCGGUGGGCGCUCAGGACUCCAUGCGCCAUUCUUUCAUCUCUCGUCUGAAUACUGUAAUGAAACUUGCCUGGCAGUUCCACUCACGCAGCUUUGAUAACCAUAUCGACUUGCUGCCUGCAACUGAACUCGGCACGAUCCGGGAAAAACUCAUCCAGGCAGGCUUGGCUGCUCCCGCAGAGGCGCCUCGGAGGAGAGCACUUUACGGCCCGGGCGUUCUGCCAGAGGCAUUCGAUUCCUCCGGAUUUACAACCGCUCUUGCUCUCGUCGCAGCAGCAGAACUUAAAUCCACUCCGAUCGAGUAUCUGGACGAGACAGGCCGUCUGUUCUCCGUUACUUGCCGCAAAUGUAGAAAUGAACGCGAGAGCUUCAUCGCCACCAGCAAAGGUCUGGUACGCGUUCCGUCCCCGGGGCUGCCCGUCGCGGUCCUUGCUCUGCCGUCGACUCCCCCCGAUCAUCAAUUCUCGGGACUGAAAAUAUGGGAGGCACCAAGAGCAUCUAUUAUAGCGCCCCGCGCGCCGCGUCCUCAUCACGUGCGCCGCAUUCUGAGCCGUCUCCAAUCCUUCUUCGGUGCGGAACGCCGCGUUUCCCAUCUGACCGCAGCGGUGACUGAAGCGGUCAUUGCUCGCGCGGAGCUGCCCAACGAACAUAAUAUUUGCACGACGCUUUCGCGAAGUUUUCCCAGCUGUCUUGUACAGCCUAUUUUGAACUGUGACGCUGGGGAUCAGAUCUGUAGAAACAAAAUCGACGCAGUUUCGGCCGAUUUUGAAGACAUGUUCGACAGAUUAUGGCUGGAGAUCAGUAGCGCGCGUUUCUCAGCGGAGCGGCUUCGCGCCGAGGCUCAUUGGCGUCUGCUGAGCCCCGCUCUCGUCAACCUCGUCCGUGCAAACAGUCCAGACCUUUCUCCUGAGGAGUACCGGCUGCUGACAACCACGGAUCCGCAAUACGCACAGUCGGCGGAGGGCCGGACUGCCACGCGGAUGCUCUGGAUCCGACUGAUUCUCAAGCAGCCACAACAGCUUUCUCCCGCCGACUUCGCUCGACUGCAGAUCCCGUUCGAAGAAUUUGGCCGGGGUGCGCCUGUCCCCACAAAGGCGAUACAGCAGAUCGCAAACUACUACAAAGAGGAGAUCGCUGCUGCAGCCGCAAGUGACAGUCAGCUGGGCGAGGAGGCGGAGUCAGCUCUUGAGGCGGCCACGAAUAAGGCUCGUAAAGAAUUUGCUUCGCUCGGAAUAUAUGAAGCGACCGACAAGCGGUUGCUGAGGAAAGUGCUGUUGGAUCUUUACCACUUGCGGCACGAGUCUCUUUUCGACUUUUUGCUCGGAUCUCUGCCGACUGCCGAAGACUUUCCUCCGAUAUUCCGGUCCAGUCUGACUGCAUGCCUGUUGGCUGAAUGGAGAAGCGAACUUGAGUUCGACCGCAUGAUGGGCGAGCUGGAACAGCUUAGUGGCCUUCCCGCUCUCACGCCGCAUACCGUCAAAGAUUGUUUCACAAAGGCAACAGCGGCACUGGAAACGGAAUCGCCCCGUGAAGGGGAACAGGCUCCUGCCCUCAUCCCCGCGCAGGUGCCCGCACUAGCGAACAAUUCCUACUUCCUGUUUCUAACCUUCUACCGCUUCAAAAGUGUUCUUGAGGCUCUGGAGAUGUUUAGAGCUCUGCGACGUCCUCGCGAAAGAGAAGUUCUGGAGACGGUCAACCUUCAGCAGUUGACUGAAAACGUUCGUCUCCUCACGAAGGGCCAGUUCCGCGGUCUGCUUCGCCGGACACCGGGUUUUUGCGAGUUUGCUUACGCGCUCGUGGCUGCGCGAACACGGAAGGAUCUGUAUAUUUUGGAAGCACCAAGCCGCCGCGCGCUCGCAGGCAGAAUUCUCCGCAUCGGCGCUGCCUCCACCGGACUUCUCAGCACGCGCGCCCAGAGAAGUGUCAGCGUUCUCUGCGUCCCGUUUUGUCACGUCGUGGGGCAGAACAGUCUAAGCAGCUUCGAUCUCGUCGGCACCGUGGCUGCAGAGGCGAAGCGGCAAAUAAGCGAGCGCGCAGUAUCGCUUCGUCAGCUCGUGAGCGGCGUUGUUCCGAAGCUGGCGUUCCUAGCUCAGCUUCCUCGCUCAAUCCUCAAUUCUGCGGGAAAACUGUUGCCAGCCCAGAACCAAGUAUUCGUUCCCGGCGAAUCCUCCAUUUGCAGCGAGACAGAGAGUCCCGUCUCCUGGGUGUUCGUGGUGAAGGAGACAUGCGCAAUGACAAAAGUGUCCAAGGCGUACUUUCUCGAAGCGCUCACCUUGACGCUGGGCAUCGGACAACUUAAUCCACUCGCUUGGCUGCGCUUCUGGCUCGCCGGCAACGAUGUUCUGCUCGGCCUGGCCAAGGAAGUGCUGCAGGCAAAACGUGCAGAACUCAACAGUGCGGAUGCAAAUAACUGGGAAGCCUUCGUGAAGGACCCUGAGUGGCGCAGGAUGGUGCCGGCGAUCUACGCAGAGGUCGUGCUGAGACUUAACAACUCCUUGUCGAGCUUCCGAGAAGUCGUGAAGCUUCUCCGAUGGAUCAGGCCCGCAACACGAGCUGUGAAAAGGUCCAUCGCGAGCAUUCUGCGCUUUUUCGAGCCUGUGCGGGAGGAGAAAAAGCAAAAGGAAGGAGCCGCUGCUGUCAAAGUCGAGCGCCUCCCAGACGUUUUUUUCAUGAAGAACUGGCGGUCCUUCUCCAUCUGCAUGGAUAACGGGGAAGACGGACUUGAGUUUUCCACUGCGUACCGCCUAGUCGCUGCGAUCGGUACGAGUCUUAGAGCUGCUCAGCGGUUCCCCACGGAGAGCUCCCUGAUGUACGGCUCCGUUCGGGGAGAACGCUCUGUCAUGGCGGCCUUCAAUCGCAUGGCCGUUGAUUACUUCAUCGGCCGAGGAGGGGUUCACGAUUCGGCCAAGAAGUUGAUCGAGCACAUGCUGCUGGCGAUUCUGCAUGAGUGCGAGCGAUCAGCCUCCUCGGCAGAUAUGGCUGGUUUCUGCGAGUCCGCCCGAGCCUGCCGCGGCACCAAUUCAAAGAAGAGCCGAAUGAGGUUGACGGAGGUGGAGUGCGUCAUGAAGUCGGUCCAAGACGUCCUUGCGUCAGAUCACGACCCAGGCCGGCUGCACGCCGUCCUCAACAUGUUCACUGGACUGUUUGAAGAGCUCGGCCACCGCGUGGCGAUCUGGAGCCAGCCGCUGAACAAAUUGUUCACUUUCGAGACCACCGUGCAAAGUGUCGCCGACUCUUUCGCCAUUCAGCUGAUUGUGGGCCCUGGGGGUCCGGCCACCGUGGAAGGGAGUCCUCCAGGUUGUGCGCUGUACGUGGUCUCCCCCGCUUUCUCACUGAAGACACAGCUCGAGAUGGCGUCGCACCACAGGGAAGGAGCUGGUGCACCGACGGAGAGCUAUUCUGCCGAGGCAAUAGAGGUUCUGGACCUUUUUCUGCAAGAGCAGGCUGCCGCUGUCGAGGCCACACACUAUGUAUCUUCGGCACCGUUCGAUUCUCUAGCUGCAAUAGUCGACCGGAUCGUCGCCCAUCCUGAAUUGGAUUCACUCAAUGUUCUGGUGCCGGCGCAAUUAACUAAAGUUCUUGGGCUCAAUCCCGAGAACGAAGAACUCAUUAUGCAGCAAAGCGAAUUCAUUGACGACUCUCUCCGGCCGCAUGUCGGUGCGGCGGUCGUCGAUUUGGAAAUUCUCAGAAACCUCACGAUGCGCCAAGCUCUUCACGCUUGCACGGUGACGCAACGUGGCUGCCCAAACGUGCUGGAGGAGCUCGAGAGGCGUGUCUCGGCCGCCCUCAACAUUUGCCAGGAGAAAGCGGAACACGAUUUGCUCUCGGGCGUUAGGCGAGGUCAGCGCAAAAAGCUACUUACGACGAUCGAAGACAUCCGCCGCACCCUAAGCACCGCGGAAUGUGACGCCGGGGGCUGCAGAGUGGUCAGCAAAGCAGACGUGGCGUUCCGUGCCUUGUCCAAGUUCUACGCGCCUGCCGAGUUCCGCGCAAUGUAUACGCAGAUCUUUGAUGUGCCGAUACCUGCGGCCGCAACGGACUUGGGAGAGAACCCCACAAAAUCGGUUGACAGUGUCAGGUCGAUGCUCACACUCCCGCAGUGGGCCACGAUCCUGACCGAACUGAAUGCCGGCGUCGCCUCAAGGGUAGCGUCUGCCAGCCAAGGACGGAAUUUCGAUAUCCUAGAGCAAAUACGCCUGUUCAAACGGACAUGUUUCGACGUCGCACAGCGGCGUCUCCGCGACUCGCUUGCUGUGAUUCAGAUGACCGUGAAGAGGAAUGCGCCGUCAUGGGCGUCGGAGAUCGAGUUGGAGUUCGAGCAGCGUGAGCGCCACAAAAAGCAAAUCAUGAAUUCGGUCCUCAACGAUUGCUGCUCCAGGGAGAAGUUCGCCCAGCAGGGAGCGACAGUUGCAGCCCACCAGCUUAUCAAGGGAUUGCGGUCGCGGGGCUUGGCCACAGACUGGGCGGAGGUGUUUGAGAACUUGACGGACAAUCGCCUCAGCCACAUAACGUGGAUGCAGCAGGCAGUGAACAUCGACGUCAGGAAAAUGGGAGACAACGAACGGGGGAUGAUGCAAAGUUGCCAUGAAGAAAAAUUCUGGAAGCUCGGCGCCACCGCAUGCACAGCACUGUUUCUUAAGCGCAUGCGUUCACGCGGUUUUAGAAUGACGCGGUAUACUCCUGUCACCAAGGGCGAGCUGGAAGACUUGAAACAGACCUACGAGGAGUGGAUGGACAAGGCGAGAAACGUUCUCCUUGUGGAGAAAAAGGCGGGGCACAGCAUCAUGAAGAUCGACAGGUACGCGAAUGCGGAAGCGAAGAUCUGGGUCCGCAUUGCAGAGGCUCUCUACGCUCGUCCAAACUCGACCUGGCCGUCAGUUCGGCAGACGAUCGUCAACAGCGGCGAUCGAGUCUACCUAACCGUCCUGGGAAGGAAGAAGGCGCACCGACUCUUCGGCGCUGUCCAAGGCAAGUGCCCACCAGGGACAGCCGGUCGCACUCUUCAGAUAUGGACGCGAAGUCUUCACCGAGCGGUGUCCUACGUCAAAGAGAAACACUUCAACCAAUUUGGAGCCUUCUUGGUGACAGAUGCUUUGGUGCGCCGCCUCAGAGAACAGAAUAUCUUUGACGCUGGCAACAGUGCGAUUACCAUCGGGAACAUCAAACGAAUUAGGACGUUCGCGGAGUGGAAACGGAAGGUUCUACUGCUCAAAGUCUCGACAGAGAUGAUUCGCACGCCCAUUCCGGUAGCUCUCGUCCAGUCCAUGGGCCAACAUAGGCAUCUUGUCCGCCUGCUGAAAUGGUUUUCCAAGAGCAAAAGCAUGACGAACAUUAUUCGCACCUCCGUCCUUUCAAUCGCGCGUUUGGCGCUUGGCCCAGCUCUCUCGCGGAUUGUGAAUCCGUGGAAGGCGACGAAGGCUGCAGACGCCCCUGAUGGCGCAGCGGGUGGCGUAUCGGCUGCACUUGUCACCGGCUUGGUGAUGUCGAGCAUUUUUCUGGACAACUACUUUGGCGUGAAACUGCCAGUCAUUUUGCUUCUGUUGCCGCCAAUCAUUUCCUUUGUCAAAUCGUACUCGAUGAAGAAUCUGCUGGAGCAAAUUAUCGACAGCAUCGAACUGCCGGAGCUCGCCACCAAUAUACUUGAACCCUUCUUUCCGCGGCUGGAACAGUUUCUGGUCAAGUGUAUCCGCGACUACCUCACGGUCGACUUCCUGGAUGGCGUCAUCAGGCAGUAUCUGAGCAGUCGUUUCAACCUCGAUGCCCUCAAGUUGUCCUCGAAAAUCAAGGACGUCGCCGAGUUCCUGGUCAAGUUCAUCAGACGGCGCGGUCCAGUCGUCCUCACCACUCUGAAACGCUACUUCGUCAGUCCAACGCUCCAAGACUACGUGCGAAUCUUGAAAGACUUUGUCGUCACUGUUGUCACGACCGGCGCAGAUGCGAUCGCCAACCGCUUGCUGUAUCGGCCUCGGAAGCUUCACCCGGCGCUUUUCCAGUACAUUGUGCGCGGGCCCUCUUUGACGGAUGCCGUCGGAUUGAAGGAUUUCUACGAGGUCGUGCUCGCGGUUUUCCGAGACCGCACCCUGGCAGCGAUCAACCCGACGAUCGCCAUCCCGCCAGAAGUGACCGCGGCGCUGACGCCGCUGGAGAAGAUCAUUGCCUUUGGGAUGUUCCCGCCGGCGCAUGCGAUGAAUCCGUUGGGCUGUCCCUCGCUGACAGAGAAGGCGUGGCAGACCCAGACGAAAAAGUACAAACUGGACUUUUACCCCACACCGCGCGUGGCGGUGACAGGCUUCGUGGGCGAGCUUCGUUUGACGGUCUUGCAUGGCCAGCGCGAGGUUCCCCACCUGUUUCUAAUCAAGGAAGUCAAGGGCAUGACUCUGUCGAAAUUGAAGAAGAUGCGUGGGGUCCUGAAGCAGCAGGUGCUCGUUUUUGAGUUCAAGCGGCAUAGACAGGUGCGAGACGUCGGGGAAAUUGUCGUGCGCCAUCCUGUCAGCAAGAUGCAGUGCACGCUCUCGGUUCGAUUUGGGUCACUCUUCGCCGAGGCCGUUCAAACCGGCGCGCUCGUCGAGGAGUUGAACAAGACCAUUCCCGGCAUCAUCCAACACCUGCAGAGCAUUAGCUCCGAGGGACUCGAAGAUAUUUUGACGCAUCUGGCGACGCACCUACCGGGCAUCGAAAGCCCCGAAGCUCUGGUGGAGGAAACCCGCAAAAUGAUCGAGCGGAAACUGUUCACCCGCCUACUCCAGUACGAGUACCUCUCGGAACCGAACUGGUUUGCUCUCGAUUUUGGUCUCACGGUGACUCUGCCGCGCGAGGACGACGCCGCAGCCGCCGCAGGACCGACUUCUGUCGAACUCACUGUCUUGGUCGGAGAGCACGAAGUGGCCAAGAGCUACUUGGUCUCCGUGUUUGACCAUCAGACACACAUCACGCAGCUGGACCAGACCGUGAAAAAACGCUGCGGCGUCAAGCCGACGCUUCUGCAGCGGAUCCAGGGUCACCUUGGAUUGCGCCGCCGCACAGAAUCGACCGUAAGGUGCAUCAAGAUCGUCGAGUUCAGCACCGACCAGUCCGGCCGCACGUGGUUGUCUCUGAGCUGGAAGAGCGACAAUGGCUACGUCAGCCAGCGGUUUAUGGUUACGCCGACAAACAACCCAGACAUGACCAAAAUCGUCGAGCAACCCGCUGAGCGUCCGUUGUCGGACGAGAACCUCGAGGACCUCAGAACCCGCAUCGCUGCAGCGAGCGCUCAUGGCGGCAACAGCUACGAUCUCAUCCACUGGGCGGCGUUCACGGUGCUCUUCAAGAAUUCACUCAUCAAUGCAUCCUAUCGGCGCCAGCGACGCGAGUUCCGCCGGGUGAUGUCGGCGACGAGCGACUCGGGCAAGAAGGUGUUCCGGGAGCGCGACUACUUGGACAGUGAAAUCUUCGGGAAGCCCCAGGCGUCGCUCAAUCCUGCGUGGAUGAUUAGCCUUGAUGCACUGCUGCGGCAGCCAAAAUAUCAACCGCUCGUCGAGAUGCUGGGGGACAAGUUGCACGUUUACAAGGAAGCGCUGGCUCUCGCGCUCUCCAAUAUUUCGACGGCAAAGAGCGAAACUCUGACUUCAGGCGCCGAACUGGUUACAGCGGAACGCCUCUCCCAGCUCUGCCCGCAAGGCCUGCAGGAGACGGCGGAGUCGCGCGACAUCUGUGAACAGAAUAACGGGAUGUGGGGUUCCCUCUGGAUCACCGAUCGCGGGUCUCCACUUCUCCGGUUCAUUGGCAAGAAAAAGAUGAAAACGCCGGCUCUGUUCAAGUACUGGCUCGCCGGUGGCGCAGAGACGGCGGCCAAGUAUGCGGUGGGUGACUUGGACGAAGUCGAACAGUUCCAGCACAGUCGGCACGACGAUAUAACCGUGAAGAUUGUCGCUCUAACAGUCGUCAGCCAGCAGCUCCUUCUGCAGCUCUACGACAACUACCUCGAGGCGGAAGCGACCGGCCGAGUCAAAGACACUGACGAAAAGUACCAGGUUCUGAAAUACGCGCACAUCAGUCUCCUGCGCCUCCUGCGGACGUACGCGUCCGUGUCGGGCGAACAGAAUGCGUCGGUGCCUGAAGUGCUCCGCAACGCCGCCCAAGCUGUCCUCAACACCGUUGAGCCGGCUGCAGUGCUGACGGCGGAGGAAAAGUACACGUGGACCAGCAUGCUCGAGGCCCACUCUGAACAGGUCUACAGAGACAUGGAGAUCUCCUUUGGCCUUCGCGAACUUUCCUUCACGCUCAAGACGCCGGCAGCAGGUGUUGCUGACGGCGGCCGACCGCGCUACAUGGUCUACCUGAUGACCAUGUUGCACCAGAACCCGUAUGUGGACGGGACCGGAUAUCAGUCUUCGCUCCAGGAUCCGGCAAUUCGCCAGGGGUGCUCAGCUUCUCCGGUGAACUGUCCAAGCCCUGAGGUGUUGUGGAAUCACGUCUACACGUCCCUCCUGGUCAUGGUUCAGCUGGCGCCUUACCCGGAUAUGCUCGAACAUCUUCUCUCUGCCCGGAAUCUGGAUUUCUCCGGACGCGACGACCCUCUGGAACCUCUGAACUUUGAUGAAGCCAUGUCCCUGUUCCAGUACGGUGUGAGUAUCAUUGCAAAGUGGAAGGUCACCCCGGAAGUGGAGGACUACUUCUCAGGCAAGGUGGACCUGCAGUGGAUCAGGCGCAUGUUGUCGCUUUUCGACGAUGACGAGACGCUCCGUGUCCUGAUCGUGUACACUCCGCCGCUUCACUUGAGAACGACGGUCUUGCAGAACCCUCGAGUGGUUCUUCAGAAAGCUACCUGGAACGCCCUGGUUGCACUCUGGGGGUUCCGCGGAGCCUUCGGCCGCUUCGUGCUGGAGGUUCGCAACGGCUGGAAGAAACAAGUGGAGUACGGUGUGCCCUACGGCUUGGCAACAUCGGAUAUGGAUUCACUGCGAAUGCCUCUCCCGGUGCGAGAGUUCCUCGAGACCGAACUUCGCGAACUGAUGGCUGACGAAGCGAAUCCGGGAAUGCCGGUCUUGGUUCUGGAGAGUCCUGGCAUGAAAGUGAUUGACAAUGCGCUCCUGGAUCUUGUUCCAGUUUUCCGCCGGGCGGGACAGCUACCCGUGUCCCAUCCCUUAUUUCUGCAGUUGAUGCGGAACGUCCGAAGUUAUCUGCACACGAUGCGCGCCGCACAUGGUGCAAAGUUCGCGAAGGAAAAGCUGCUGGACGCUACGGUCCGUACCCGCUUUCUCUCCAUCAUUCGUGAGGCAGCACUGAAAGCUGCCUUCAUGGAGCAGCUGCAGAUAGAUCUUCCCCAAAAGAUCUUGUGGAGUCGGAAUCAGUUUUUCCACAUCAACAACAUGGCCAAAAUAAGCGAGGACUUCUCCGUCAACGGCGUGAUGCCGUCGGACUACAAAGAGAGGCUGGAGGAACUUUUCCCCAUCGUUUGCGACACCAUCUCAGCUUCUUCGACGGACGCGGCACUCAGCAUUCUUGGAGUCGACAUUGCGCCGAUCGUGGAGUUCAGAGAGAAAGUCAUCCACACUCGCCAGUUGCUGCGAGAUGUCGGGGCCGAAGUGCCGGUACACCUGCAGCACCACCCGAUCGAAAAGUUCAUCUUGGUGGCCCGGUGUGAACCCAUCCGGAACCUUCCGCGGAAACAUGGGAAGGUUGAGAAGGCCUGCACAGACCUGGAAAACACCCGUGAGAAGGUGCUGAGCAACGUUAGCUUCACGGCGGCCUUCAGGCGGCAAGUCGCGGAAGUCGAGGCCAGUUUGGCGGAGCGGGUGAACUGCGGAGUCGAUACGGAAGAUGGGCAGAUCCUCCAAAAGUUCUUUGUCCAGCUGAUGGAAGACGCGACAAAGAACGCGGGCAUCAUCGAAUACUGGGACAGAUUCAUGGCCCUGAGAGAAACGUCCUUCGAUACGCCGGCGUUCGAACCUCUCACUGAAGCGAUCAUCGCGUCCGUGCUGCACAAGCUCGCCUUGCAUGCGCGCUCGGGGACAUUGGACGCCGACCUCGAAAACUCGGUCUAUCCCACCGUCUGCAAGUUCAUGUCCUACGUGCGGCGAGCCCGAGGCGGGAAGCCGAUAGCGGACUUCUGUCGGACCUUCCCGGCUGGCCGGCCUUUGCUGUCUCGCUUCUUCCAGCAAAGCAAGGAAAAUCAGAUCAUGCGCCUGGAGUUGAACAGCUUCGCAUUUACGCGAGGACCGAACGCGAUGUGGAUGGACGACUUCAGCGAGCUCGCCCACACAAGUGAAACGCUGUACCCUCCCCGAAACUCCGCAGUAAUUAGUUUCUUCCGCAUGGUUCGCGCAGCCAGCUCGACGCCUCAGUCGGCUGAGGCAGACGCACUCUCCGUUCGACGGCCCUCGGCUUUUGUCAGAAGCCUGUCCGAAGUGGCCGACCUUGUGCUGGACAAGCUCCGAAAGAAACGGAACACGAUGAACAAGUGGAGCCGACGGCUGGUAACUUCGAUCUUGCGGGUCGUCGACGCCGCUAUUUUGCUCGCCAUUCAGGCCGUUCAGCGCUUCGCGGCGACUUCGCGGCGACAGAUCGCCAUGGCGCGCGAGGAGAUCAAGGUGCAACGUGGCCUCGAGCGGCGCGUGAGCAUCUCUUCCCGACAGGACGGGGUUCGAGGCCGACAGGAGGGAAGCGUCGCCGCACCGCCGGCUGCCCCACUCCCCGAGGAUGAGCGACGACCUAGCGCAGUGGCCAUGGUUCAGGUGGGAGUCACGUCCGUCACGUCGAUGCUCUACAAAAGAAUCGCGCUUGAGCUCCUCAAGGUUCACCGCUACAUUCCCGGAUGGGUCGCUUCGGCGCUGGGAACGAGCACCAAAGACCUCGCGUUCCUGCUGCGCACCAAAGCGACGGUUCCGGGUUCGGUGAAAGAUAUCGCGAUGUCCACGUGCGUCAACAUUUUCGACAACAUCGUGCUGCCGACGCUGACGAAGCCGAACGUCCUGGCCCCCGAGACCAUGAUUCGGAAUGUGCUUGCCCAGCUGACCAGUGCCAUUCACUACACGGUCAUGCCGAACCUCGGAGCCGUGGAGGAGAAAUUCAGGAGAGCCCGGUCGCAAGACGGUAUGCUUCCCCUCUCGGCGUUCCUUCACGGGAUCGUGCUGUCGGCCGUCACUCAGCUCGAGAGCCUCAUGCAGAACAACAAGUGGCAAACGGAAAUGGUGCGCCUCGUGCAGGAGCACAUUCGAACGUUGAACAGCGCCGUCAUCGGACUGGUCAAGAGAUUUCGUCUGGCCGAUGCCUUGUGCGGAAUCACAGAUCCCCUCCUCGACGCUGUAGCAGAUGUCGUGGAGAGGAACGCCAGGACCCUGGCUCACUUGUUGACGGACCUCAUGCAGGCCGACACGUUCGGCUUGCUCAUCAAUUUUGUUCAGGCACAGCUGUUCAAGGAGCUGAGGCUCGCCGCAGACUCCGGGGAGGUGCACGGUCUUCUGCAGAUUCUGUCAUCUACGGGUUUUCUGAACUUGUUGGCCGACGGAGCGAAAGGUCUCUACUACGUGUAUAAUAAGGAACAGUUGUAA